ACACUUCAUUCGAACCUUCUGUUGCACUGGCAAGUCUUGUGCAGCACAUACCAUUACAGAUGAUUACAGUACUUAUCAGGAGCCUUACUACAGAUCCAAAUGUGAAAGAUGCAAGUAUGACUCAAGCUCUGUGCAGAAUGAUUGACUGGUUGUCCUGGCCUCUGGCUCAGCAUGUGGAAACAUGGGUGAUUGCACUGCUGAAAGGAUUGGCUGCAGUCCAGAAAUUUACCAUCCUCAUUGAUGUCACUCUGCUUAAGAUUGAAUUGGUCUUUAAUCGACUUUGGUUUCCUCUAGUGAGGCCUGGUGCCCUUGCUGUCCUUUCCCACAUGUUACUUAGUUUUCAGCAUUCUCCCGAAGCUUUUCACUUGAUUGUCCCACAUGUGGUUAGUUUGGUUCAUUCCUUCAAAAGAGAUGGUUUACCUUCCAGUACAGCCUUUUUGAUGCAGUUGACUGAGUUGAUACACUGUAUGAUGUAUCAUUAUUCAGGAUUUCCAGAGCUCUAUGAACCCCUUCUGGAAGCUGUUAAGGAUAUGCCCAAACCCACUGAAGAGAAGAUUAAGCUGAUUCUCAGUCAGAGUGCCUGGACUUCUCAAUCCAGUUCUCUGCCAUCUUGUUUAUCUAGACUUUCUGGAAAAUCUGAAACUGGGAAGACAGGUCUAAUUAAUCUAGGAAAUACUUGCUACAUGAACAGUGUUAUUCAGGCACUUUUUAUGGCUACAGAUUUCAGAAGACAUGUUUUAUCUCUGAAUCUAAAUGGUUGUAAUUCACUAAUGAGAAAAUUACAGCAUCUUUUUGCGUUUUUGGCCCAUACCCAGAGGGAGGCAUAUGCUCCUAGAAUUUUCUUUGAGGCUUCCAGACCACCAUGGUUCACCCCUCGAUCCCAGCAGGAUUGCUCAGAAUAUCUCAGAUUUCUGCUAGACAGGCUGCAUGAAGAAGAGAGAACCUUGAAAGCGUUGUCUUCGGCAAAGACUUCUGAAAGUAUAAUGAACGAAGACUCACAGAUUCAAGAAGCUGUCCAUAAAGCACAAGUAUUUGCUGAAACACCUCGUAUGGGAAAUGAAGAAAGAACUCUGAUAGAGAAGAUGUUUGGAGGAAAAUUGAAGACUACUAUAUGCUGUUUGAACUGCAAAAGUAUGUCUCAAAAGGAAGAAGCUUUCACAGAUCUCUCUCUGGCUUUCUGUCCUCCAACUUCCUUUGAGAAUGUUGGCCCAAAAUGUGUGGAACGUUCUGAAGAGAAAGAUGACGACGUGGUGCAAACUAGUACUUUAGCAACUAGCCCUGCUGGAGAAACACCUCUCGGUACUUUGGAAGUAAAUGGUGGAUGUGACACAAUAAUGAAUGAAGGAACCAUAAAAGAUUUUUCUACUGAGCCAAACUCUGAGAAUACCACAAAUCCUGAACUCAACAAAGUUCAAGAUAAUGGGGAUAUGUCUCAGAGGCUAGCAGGUAAAACCACCCUGUCAGUUACAGACUUACUGAAUUAUUUUCUGGCACCUGAGAUCCUCAGUGGAGACAAUAAGUAUUAUUGUGAAAAGUGUGCCUCUCUACAGAAUGCUGAGAAAACUAUGCAAAUCAUCGAGGAACCUGAAUACCUCAUUCUCACUCUUUUGAGAUUUUCAUAUGAUCCAAAGUGUCAUAUAAGGCGCAAAAUCUUGGACAAUGUAUCUCUGCCACUUGUUUUGGAAUUGCCAGUCAAAAGAGCAACAUCCCCUCUAGCUGUAGUUUCGGGAGGUUGGUCUGUUGGUGUUGAGAUUUCUGAUAUUGGAGAAAAUCUUGCUAAAAAACUCAAGCCUUCAGGUGCUGAUGAAGUGACAUGCCCACAAUUGGUGCCCUACAUGUUAAGCUCUGUGGUGGUGCAUUCUGGUGUAUCCUCUGAAAGUGGACAUUAUUAUUCAUAUGCUAGAAAUGUUACUGGGUCAGGGCCCUCAGGACUUUGCCACCAGUCUACAGCUCUUUCUUUAGUUUCUCCUCAGGAUAAGUUGUUGGCAGAGGAGAGUCCUUGUACUGUUGUAGAAAAUGAGCUGGACACUGAGAUGCCAAGAGAGUGGUUUUUGUUCAAUGACAGCAGAGUGACAUUUACCUCAUUUCAGUCAGUCCAGAAAAUUACCAGUAGGUUUCCAAAGGACACUGCUUAUGUUCUGUUUUACAAAAAACAAAAUAGCACCUGUGGCUUCAACACCAAUUCAGCAAAUGGACUCUGGGUAAAUGGAGACCCUCCCCUACAGAAAGACCUCAUGGAUGCAAUUACGAAAGAUAACAAACUGUACUUGCAGGUAAGUUGGAAACUGU